AUGCCCUUGACUGCUUCUAACAUAUACAAAGGUAUUGCCAUUUCAUCGCUUGGGCUCUAUGCCGGUCUUGUUUCGACCACCACAGCAGUGAAGGUUUUAGCCCCCGCGAAUGUUUCAAAGAACUCUCUGGGACACACUUACUGCAUCAUUGCCAUUGGCGGGACCAUUAUUGGUCUCACAGCUACUGCUACAUUUGGUGUGAGCUAUUAUUUGUCCCCCAGUAAAGACGCAUCUUUACUGUUUAGUUUGGCAGUGGUUCCGGUCACUGGGCUAUACUUAUGGGCGUCGAAUAAAAUCGUCUCAUGUUUUUUCGCUGUAGGCAGCGAAAGCAGACGGCCUGAACCGGAAUCAACAGGUAAGAAUGUUGAAUUACCACCUAAUCACCCUUCCGUUUACGGGGAAAACGGGGAAAAACUAAAGUGCCCCUUUGGUAACGGGGCGGACUCCGCAGCGAAGAGACCAACGUUGUCAGGCAAGAUUUUAGCGUGGCAGGGAUGCCAAAAAAUCCUAUCCUCCAUGAAUCCACACUUGGUAGUAGCCUCUACAGCCGGUAUUAUCGGAUUCUCCAAAGCCGUUUUUCAAUCAAUGUAA